AUUUAUGUUAAAUACAGACUAGCAUGAAUGAAAAAAGUGAAUCAUAGCUUAUAGUAAUGUAAGUACAACAAACUUGACUUGCCUGUCUUUUGAGAUAUGAAAAGAUUUGGAUAAUCAAAUUUCAAUAUUGGUUGUAACCAAUAUGGAUCAAUCAGUUUAUAUGAAUCAUGCAACAAAUUUGAGUGCAGAGGUUGAACCAUUUAUUCCUCGGUCAGAUGUUGGAAAUAUGUUUGCUGAACACAUGAUUCAACAACAGUAUUCACAAGGACAAGGCCCACAGCCGUUACCGCAUUACCUAACAUCAUGCUACCCUUUUGUACAAGAUCCAAAUUUGAAUUCAAAUCAAAGGAACGAGCAACAAGACUAUCAGAAUUACUAUAACAGAGACGCUCGGGGAUGGCCUCCAGGACCGAAUCCUCAAUUUCCGCCCCACAUGCCCCCACCAAACAGAUUCAACACCCCACCCCCUCAAGUUCCACCACCAAAUCUACCUCAACCAUCCACUCACACAGCUCCAAUUUAUUCAUACCAGCCUGGUUCUGUUGGACAAGUCCAGUAUCAGGACAUUCCCGCUGCAUAUCAUCAACAGUAUCAUGCGAAUGCAACAACUCAGCAACUACUUUAUCCAAGACCUAGAACUCCUCAUCAACACAAAAGAGAAAGCAGUGGAAGAAAAUUAGGUGAACGAAAUAAAUCUCAGGGUAAGAAAAGAAGCGUCGGUAUUCAGAUGGAAAUUCCUAAAAAAAAAGUUGAAAAUGAAACAGAGGAUGACAAUGAAAUGGUGGAUAACAUGCAGCAGACUGAUUUUCCAUCAGACAUAGCAUCAAAGUCGUUAAUAGAAAAACCAAGUCCCUUAAAAAAGACAACAAGAUCAGGACGUCAUCGAAAACGUGCAACAAACUCUGCUCCAGAUCAGUCAGUCAGUGGUGAUUCCAGUGAUAAUAAUGGUGGUGAUGAAGCUGAUGUGGACAGUGACAGCGGUUAUUAUAGCCCAAAACAUCAAAUAACAAGGAGAAAUCAUUUACUGUCAUCAGGUAUUGGGAUUGUAUGUGACGAUCGUCACGAGAUUGGAACAGGAACAGCAAUUCACCCAUAUCAGACCUCUGAUUUAUCACCACAAAGGGUAGUUUAUUUGCCUGGUCCACCACCAAGUCAUCCCUUUUAUCAAGUACAUCCUAACUCGUAUCUGCAGGCCCCAGCAGCCCCAGGACAGAUACUAAGACUCCCGUCACCAGGGACCCCACCUGUCGUUAUGACGCCUCCACCGCCACUGAUGAAUCUUGCACCAGGUCCAUCAGGAUCUGCGGUUGCUAGUUUCAAAUCAAGGUCAACAUGGGAACAAGAAGUAUUGAAAGCCCAUAAUGUGGCCCCCAUUUGUCCACCAGCAUUUGUACCACGGCAGCGAGCAUCUCUGGGUCAAAAUCAUUUCUAUCGUGGAGGGGGACAUCAGGGUUGGAGAUACCCACGUUAUCAGGGACCUCCUCGGCAUCCUAGACAUCCUGUUCAACAAGCUCCGAUAGUUCCAAGUUCAAUGUCAAAUAAUAUGGGACAUAAUAAUCAAAACGCCGCAGCCCCACCUAUGGGUGGCCCAGGAAUGCUGAGACUGAACCCCAACACCGCACCAUCAAACCUAGUUCAACAAAAUCCGCCACAGCUAACAGAUGAGGAUUUUCCUGAUUUGCGAUCAACAUCUGGAGCAUCAGGCCACAGUUCUCAAGCUCAUGCAGCAUUCUCAUACAGUGCAGCUUUACAGAAUAAACCAAAACCAGAAAUCAACAUACCUGAUAACAGCCCCAUAAAAAGUAUAAUUGAACCGGACGACUCUGGGUCAGGUAAAGGUUCUCGACGAAGACGUAAGAAAACGGAACGAGCAGCAAAGGCUGCCGCGGAAGAAUAUGCUGAAAUUAGUAAAGAGCAAGAAAAUAUAAAAAAACAACUCAACAAAAAAACAGCAGGUCGUACUAGCAAAGGAAGAUCACCUCAUCUAGACCUAGCAGAAAUGUUGACCAAAUUGGAGCAAAAAAAUGGAGAAAAUAACGAAGAACAAAAGCAAUUGAAAAGAGAUUCUGAAUUUCAAAGACAACCAAGACAUAUGCAAUCCUCCAGUGAUGGUAUGAUGCCACAUAAUCCUCUCGACUCAUCAGCACCAAUGAAAAAACGAGGUAAAGAAAGAGAAAUUCCAAGAGCUAAAAAACCAAGUGCUUUGAAAAAGGUUAUCUUGAAAGAGAGAGAAGAGAGAAAUCGAAACAGAAUCGAUACUCUUUCUAAAACUGCGAACCCUGAAUUUGACAUUCCAAAUGUGUCUGCAGAUUUCUUCAAUACAGACUAUACAACGCAAAAAGAAAAUUUACCUGAAAAUAAUGCAUCGGACAAUAUUUCAACAUCAGAAGUCACAAGUUCAGACAAUCAAUCUCCCAUCACUGUAUCUGUAUCUGGAAAUUCCAGUCCUAUUGUUCCAGCUAAUUUACCUAAAAUACACAGCAGAAGAUACCGAGAAUAUUGCUCUGGCCAAGUGCUGGACAAACAAAUUGAUGAAGCGUGUAUUGUUAUUCUUCAAAAGCUGGUUCAAUUUCAGGAGAGAAUGUAUCAGAAAGAUCCUGUAAAAGCCAAGAGCAAACGCAGAUUUGUUCUUGGUAUUCGUGAAGUCACUAAACAUCUCAAACUGAAGAAACUUCGAUGUGUCUUGAUCUCCCCUAAUUUGGAGAAGAUUCAGUCGAAAGGUGGACUAGAUGAUGCCUUACAGCAAAUCCUUCUACUAUGCAAAACACAAUCCGUCCCACAUGUGUUCGCACUUGGUCGAUGUGCAAUGGGACGUGCUGUCUCUAAACUUGUGCCCGUCAGUAUUAUCGGAAUAUUCGAUUAUAGUGGUGUGGAGGACAGUUAUAAAAAGAUGUUGGACUUGGUUGAAGAUGCUCAUAAUAAAUAUCAAGAAAUGAUGAUGAUGUACCAACAAGAAGUUCUUGAGGCAAAUACGACUCCACCAACGGUCCCACCAACAGCCGUAAAAAGAUUUGCACACAUGGGACAUUCCAGGAAUCCUUCUGCAGCAAGUUGUGUUUCAUUCUGCAGUAUGAUAUCUGAACCUAUCUCUGAGAUGAAUCCUUCUGAAGGUGCAAGCUGGAGGAAUAUGAUGGAAGUGACAGAUGAACAGAAUCCGGUUUCUACUCUUCCUCCAGAAAAUGUACAAGAAGAUGAAAGAGAAAACGAACAGCAGGAUGAAAAGCAGAAUGCAGAAGAAAAGAAUGACGAAGUUUCCGUCACAAAGAAUCCAGCUGAAGAUGAUGCAAAAGAAAUCACAAAUGAAGAAGAUUUUGAAGGAGAGCCAGUGUUGUCAGAAGGGGAUGCAAAUGAGGAAGUUGAAAACGGAAAUUCAUCUAAUCAGGAUUCUUAUCUCAAUGCUCUCGACACAAGUGGAAGUUUAACGUCGGAAGAAAAAGUGAACACGGAAGCAUCACAUUUGGAUAAAUCCUUUUCAACUGUGAGCACGGUGGUUGCACGAACUGGCAAGGAAUCUUCAUCUAGUGCCACUCCCGAUAUAGGUAAACCAUCGGGUACAGGAAAGUUUGGUAUUGCACUGCCUGGAACAAGCUCUGAUACAAACGCAAGAAUUAAUUCUUGGCUGGAAGCUGCAACUUCGUCGGUACAAGAUCUUGAAAUCGAUGAUCCAAUUGUUCCUGAUCCUGAGAAGUUGGAAAAAAUUGAAGAGAAUCUUUCAGAUGAGGAUGAUGAUUUUGUAUCUACUCAUGAGGAUGAAGUGGAGGAUUCUUAUGAAUAAUUUUUUAGCAAUUUUUUUUUUAUAUUUUUUCAAGUUUCUUCAGUCAAGCCACAUUCAAUCAAACAAAAAUACACAAAAUCGUAUACUAUAGUUUCAGUAGCAUUUAAUUGAAACCUAGUGGUCAUUGGGAAAUUUGUUAGAAAUAUUUUUUUUUUUGGACAUUUUUUGGAUUACCGGUAGUUGUAUCAGUUCACAAUGGAGAUAAAUUCAUAACAGUUCUUGUUUUUUUCAAUUAUUUGAUUCGUUCAGAUUUCUUUGUCGAACGUGGCCGAAUUAAAAAUAUUCGGAACAUAAUUUAAAUUGUUUCAUGAAUAGCAAAUCAUCCAUUUUUUCUCUGGUCAUACCAAAUUAUUCGAACCUCAUCUCAAAUCUUAAAGUUUUAUUCAAUGGGUCUGCAUUCUUAAAAAUAAUAUAUAUGCUUAUGUCGAAUUUCAUUCGAUAUUAUUAUUGCGUAUCUGAAUGCGUAUUUUUCGAAGUAGAUCAUGAUACAUGCUGAAGUUUACAAGCUAAAUAGUUGAAAUGUCCCUUGUUUCCUAAAAUUUGAGUAAAGUUAGUAAGUCAGCUUUCUGUUUGGACCUUUGGCAGCUUGACCAUUUAUUAAUGAAUUUAAUUUUAGUUGUACAUUUCUCUCAUAGCGUAUAUCUUUUGUAUAUUUGAUUUUUAUACUAAUUAUUCAUAAUAAUGAAAUGUAUAGUUAGAUUAUGGUAAUUUUUUUUUAAAAGCUGUCUUUCAACGGUUUGAAAUGGUGUUUCUUCUAUUCUAUUGUGGGCUUCAAUUUAUAUUCAAACGUGAAGGAUUUUCUUUUUGAUUUAAAUAUAUGUUUUUAUCAAUACCGCUAUCAAAGUGGGUGCAAAAUAUUGAACUCGAUAAUGACUGUGUGAAGCAAAAUCAGCUUCUCAACACGAAGUCGCUUUUUCUUUACGAUACAUUCGUUAUUUACCUGAUUUUCAAGUUCCCUUUCGAGACUUAUAUAUAUUUUUUCCUCUUCAAAUAUUAUUAUUUACAUAUACGUUAUGGUGUAAUUUCAAUAAUGUGGAUAGAUUAUUUUAGUUUUGAGUCUCAAAAUCUACCAGUUCUAUGUAGUUUCUCUUUGGUGUUUUGCGAUAUCCAGGAUGAUUACAGGUAAUGACGCCUUUUUAUGCUGACGCGAGCCUAUUGUGACGAAAGGGUGAUUGUGGAUUUAACACCUGUCAUUGUCUCACAAUCCUGCAAUUUGUUACCAAUUCAUACAAGGUGUGCAAGGAAAAUGUAUAUUAUUAACCUUGGCAGCUUGCGUAUGUUAAAUGUCUUUUUUCGGUGUAGACUAUGUUUCAUAACUUGUUGAAAAAUUACUUUCUAAUAAUAAUAUCAGUAGAUUCUUUUGACUGUGAUGAGGGGAAAGAUUAAAAUGGAUAAAGAAGCAUUUUUUGAAUGAGAUGAGGAUUGUCAGCUAACAACAUCUGCGCCAGUGAUUCUCAACUAUCCUUCCUGAAACAUUUCCAGUGAAAAUUGACGUCAUCGUGGACGUUGGGUGCAACUUUCCAUUAUGAUGCCAUAAUGUUUGGCCUACGUUUCAGUGCACUAAUUUCACAAGCAGGCUAGUUUGGGGUAUUUUCGAAUAAAAUAUUUAUUGUUCAGUUUGUCAAGAAAACCUUCAAAAAAGCUUGCACUGUUUAUAUAUGAAUAUAAUCAGACGUUUUAAUGUGAUUAAGAUGAACAAUAUUUCCAAACUGAAAUAGAUAUCCUUAUGAAAAUAUGAAGCUAAGCUAUUGUUAUAUAUAUAUUGGUAAAGAAUGCUGCUUUUUCAGAAUUAAAAAAGUCAAAGGCAAUGUUAACUUUAGUGUUAAAUCCAUUUUAAUUUGUGCUGUUUUUCAUACAUUUUAUAACAGCUUUAAGGGUUGAAAAUUAGCUCACUAAAAUAAUUUGACAACCACUGAUCUAUUGGUUCAAACAGCCCCACUGUAUUACUAGUCUGGUGGAGUUGUUGGUCAAUUUUGCAGCAGUUUUUAACCAUAGAUCAUCAUUGGUCAUAAGUCAUAUUUUUCAGAGAUUAUACUUGCCAGGCCAAACAUUAGUAGAAACACCAACAUGUCCAUUUAAAAGGAACAAAAUUGAUAAAUUAGGCAAGGAAAUGAAAUUUCAAGUUCUUGUCACUAACCCAAGAACACGCCAUAUGCAUGUCAUUCACCGUUGCGGACUUCUUACACCCAGAAGAUUAAAAACUAUGAAUCCUCUGAUACAAAUGUAAAACAUGCUCCACUUACUAAACUUAUUUAUACCAAUUUUCUAAACCGAUCUUCUCCUGAAAUAC